AGCUGCUAGUAUAGCGCUAUACUUUCCUCGAAAACAGCCAAAAUAUAAGUGUUUAAAUAGGUUUUGUCCAUAUUAUGACCUUUAACAACAUGUCGGACCCACGGAGACCAAAUAAGAUUUUUCGUUACAAACCCCCAAGCACAGAAACCAACCCCACUCUUGAGGACCCCACGCCAGACUACAUGAAUCUGCUGGGCAUGAUCUUCAGCAUGUGCGGAUUGAUGCUCAAGCUCAAGUGGUGUGCAUGGAUUGCAGUAUACUGUUCCUUCAUCAGUUUUGCCAAUUCCCGGAGCUCAGAGGACACCAAGCAAAUGAUGAGCAGUUUUAUGUUGUCUAUAUCCGCUGUAGUGAUGUCAUACCUGCAGAACCCACAGCCCAUGUCGCCGCCCUGGUAACCAGGAGCCAAUCUGAGUGAGCCAUAGCAGUAGAGAGACAGAGCCAGUGACAAACAGCAGAUCCACCCACUGACCAUCUGGGCUACAAGGAGGUAGACUCACGAGUCCAGGGAACAGGCCAGGAGCUGAGUACUACAUGCUCUAACUUUUUCAUCUUCAUCACUCAUGUCUGUACCCUUCGCCCAUUUGGACUGUUCUGCUUUUUUUUUUAUUUCUAUUUAAUUCAAUCACUGUACGCUUGUAUGUUUUUAGAAAUAAAUGUUUUAUCAGAUAA